AGCUUAGAUUGAGGGGGAAUGUUGACUAUACACCUAUGACUCACCUAUGGCCAGCUCAUCAGUCAAUAGUUAGUUAAAUGGUUGAAAUUAGUUAGCUGAGUUGUUAUCAGUUAGUUAGUUAAAACAGCUUACAAUACAAGACAGUUAGAAUGGCUCUAUAUAAACUGAAGUCUGAAAGUGUUAAGAAUUCAUUCAGUAAUAAUACAAUCGUUUUGUCUCUCUCUUGCUCUCUAAACACUCAUACUGUUCUUAGUAUUGUCCAUCUAAGUUUGUGAUUAGUCCAGAAACCGGUAUAACAAAGGAAGUCUCUGCCGAGUAUAAAGAAUGGGUGAGAAAAGAUAUGGCACUGCUAAGUCUUCUUAUUGCUACUUUAUCUGAUGAGGCUAUGGAACAUGUCAUUGGGUGCAGAACAUCUCAUGAAGCCUGGACAUGUUUACAAGAAAGGUUUGCAUCGAUUUCAGUUGUUCGAGUUAAUCAGUUAAAGACUGAAUUACAUACAGCACAAAAAGGAGGGGAAUCUGUGGAUAAGUUCUUAAUGAGGCUGAAGAAUAUAAGGGAUCAACUUGUUUCUGUUGGAGAAAGAAUUUCAGAUAAUGAUUUGAUGAUUGCUGUGUUAUCUGGUCUGCCUGUAGAUUUUGAGAUGAUUCGCACAGUGAUCUUAGCAAGGGAUACAGCUCUAUCUUUAAAAGAUUUCCGAGCUCAACUUCUUGUUGCAGAAGGGAGUAUUGAGUCCAAGAUGCAAUCUUUGUCCAGUUCUAUGGCUGCAAUGUGUGUUCAAGGUGAAGGUUCUAGCGCUCAGCGAUAUCAGGGCUAUGAACAUGGUGAAAGCUCAAAUACACAAGGGAUGCAAUGAGGAUAUAAUGGAGAGCAAUUUGGAGAUAGCU